AGACAUGCACAUGCUUGACUCCUAACUCAGCACACAAUGGGGUCUAUUUCUGUAACUGCUCUAGGGUUAUCACCCCACUUGCACUGACUCUCUCCCUCUAUCUAUUUCUGUCGUCUCGUCUCUUUUCCCAACACUCUAACCUACUUCCACACCAUCAUGGCCGACAAAACCAGCCGGUUAGGCGUUCGUAGGAAGGAGAAAGCGCCAGAAACCAAAGCAAAUGAGGAGAAGGACAAGGAAAAGGCCAAAGAGAAGGCUGUAAAAACUCCAGACAAGCUCAGCAAAAAGCAAGAGAACACCCCAGAGCCGCAGAGGACCGACGAGAAGAAGACAAAUGGUGAAAGCGAAGGGGCAACAGGGGCAGCAGGGGCAGCAGCAGCAAAUAACAGUGAGGAUAAUGGAGAGUUUCAGCCCAUAGAGCUGCCACCUUUUGAAAUUGUCACUGGGGAGAGAAUGAGCCCGUUCUACUUCAAGUUUCAGUUCAGGAACGUGGAGUAUUCAUCGGGCAGGAACAAAACGCUCCUGUGUUUCAGAGUGGACACAGCGGGGGGCAACGCAGAGCCUCUGAAAGGCUACAUGGAGGAUGAACAUGCCACAGCCCACGCUGAGGAGGCCUUCUUCCAGCAGGUUCUCCCAAACUCCUCUAAGGAAUAUGACGUGACAUGGUACGUUUCAUCCAGCCCCUGCGUCGCUUGUGCCGCCAAGUUGGCCAACAUCCUCCAGCAGCACAAGAAGCUGCACCUCUCCAUAUUCUGCUCCCGUCUGUUUGAAUGGGAGGAGCCGGAGAUAGUGGAAGGCCUGAAGGCCCUGGUGAGAGCCGGCUGCAAGUUGCGGAUGAUGAAGCCCAUUGACUUCCAGCAUGUUUGGGAAAUGUAUGUGGAACAGGAGGGCGAGAGUUUUACACCGUGGGAGGAUUGCCAGGAGAACUAUGAGUACUAUGUGGAGAGACUGACCGAUAUCCUCAAGUAGAUGAGAGUCCAACCUGACUGAAGCAGCCUGCUUGUGAAAUCAUCACUUCGUUUUUAUUUGUUUUUAUUUCAUUUUUUGCUGUCACACUUGACGCUGCGGAUACAUUUUUAACAGAAUGAGCACAUUUUCUACUUCUUAUUUUUAACAAUUAAUACAUGAAGGUACACGAUUUGUAGAUAAAUAUAUCAAACACGAUGCAACGAGUCGCUUCUAAAAGAGCAAAGCAAUGCAAAAUACAUUCAGUAACGAACCAUUACAAAUAUUAAAAACAAAACUGGAAGAAGUUA